GGAGGAGGAAGGGCGAGGAGGAGGAGCUGCGGUUGACGCCGGCGGAGCUUUCAGUACCUCGGAGAACGGCUGCGAGCGCGCCGGGCGGGCGGGAGCCGCCACCGCCACCCUCCGCUGCCCGCUCACCUGCCCCGCUCCUCUCCGCUCCUCACCCGCCCCUCCCCGCCCCGCGUCCCCCCGGCGCCCGAGGGAGCCCGGUCCCGCCGGAGCGGUUCUGGGGGGAGAGCACGGCAGCGACACAGGCUCGGUGAUCGGGACGGGCGGGGGUCCGUCAGCGCAGGGACGGGACGGGUGGUCAGCCCGGGACGGCCGGACCGGCUUAGGGGGUCGCUCGCUGCCGUCGCUCCUCACGGAGCGGCGGCCGGGGCGGCGAGGAGAGCGAGGGGGCUCGCUGCCCGCACCUCGCACCCUGCCGUGGAGCCCGAGGGGAGAGACAGGAGCGCCGAGUGCGGCAGCGGCUGCCGGCAUUUGCUGGGCUGGGCAGGGAACCAGAGCAGGAGUCGCACCCGCGGCUGGGAGCGGGGAAUCGCUCCGCGGAAACCUCGGGGGCAGAGAUACCUCUGGCUCCAAGGGGUUCUGAGGGGAAGGGGCAAUUGAAUGUAGACGCAUUUUAGUAGUUUGGCUGAAAUAAUCAAGUGCCGAAGGCAGAUCUUAGGCAGAUGAGGUAGAGGGAUGGAUCCCACUGUUUUGGAUGCCAGCUUGAAUUUUUUAUUUACUUUUCUGUUUUGACCACUGCUAAAUGUGGGUUUUGCGAGCGAACCCGAUGGCGGUUGUUCCAUUGUUCCUUGUUUGAAUGUAAAUCUUAGUCCUGCUGCUUGUGGAUUUUUUAUUUAUUUAUUUAUUUAUUUUUGGAAAGGACCAUUCCAGGUAGCUUUUGCGUCUGGCAAAAUGAAGCCUUUGUAUUUUUCGAUCAAUUAUACCUAAUAUUGACAUUCUGUUUGGUACAAGAGACUUAAAGUGCUGCCUCACUCAGAGGACCAUUAAAGACUUUCUCGGUCGCUACAUGUAGCUGAAUGUGUUACGACACAUCCUUUCUCCCCCCUCAAAUCCUCCUAAAGAUUUUUCCAAAAUGAAGAAAUUUAAUUUUCGCAAAGUUUUGGAUGGUUUAACUGCCGCAUCCCCUGUUGGAAGCAGUGGCGGUGGCAGUGGAAGUGGGGCUGGUGGCUCCGUGCACCCAGGAGGGACUGCGGGAGCUGCAGGGACACCCAGAGAGGAGAUCCAGGAGACGCUCACUUCAGAUUAUUUUCAGAUCUGUAAGACGGUUCGCCAUGGCUUUCCUUACCUACCCACUGCCUUAGCGUUUGACCCCGUGCAGAAAAUCCUGGCCAUCGGAACAAGAACAGGAGCCAUACGAAUAUUGGGCAGGCCUGGUGUUGAUUGCUACUGCCAACAUGAAAGUGGUGCUGCAGUUCUGCAGCUCCAGUUCCUAAUCAAUGAGGGUGCUUUGGUCAGUGCAUGUGCAGAUGAUGCGCUUCAUUUGUGGAACCUCCGGCAGAAACGACCAGCUAUUCUACAUUCUCUGAAAUUUAAUAGAGAAAGGAUUACUUACUGCCAUCUACCUUUCCAGAGUAAAUGGCUUUAUGUUGGAACAGAGAGAGGAAAUACACACAUUGUAAAUAUUGAGUCCUUCAUUCUUUCUGGAUAUGUUAUCAUGUGGAACAAGGCAAUAGAACUAUCCACCAAGACUCACCCUGGCCCAGUUGUACAUUUAAGCGACAGCCCAAGAGAUGAGGGAAAACUGUUGAUAGGUUAUGAAAAUGGGACCAUCGUGUUCUGGGACUUACGAUCUAAAAGAGCCGAUCUGAGGGCUUAUUAUGAUGAGGCUAUUCAUUCUGUUGCUUGGCAUCAUGAAGGGAAGCAGUUCAUGUGUAGUCAUUCUGAUGGCAGCUUGACCCUAUGGAAUCUGAAAAGCCCUAACAGACCAUUCCAGACCACAAUUCCACAUGGAAAAGUUCAAAGAGAUGGAAAAAAACCUGAAUCUUGUAAACCAAUUCUUAAAGUAGAGUACAAGACCUGUAAAAACAGUGAACCAUUUGUUGUAUUUUCUGGUGGACUGUCAUAUGAUAAGCCUUGUCGAAGACCAAGUUUAACAAUCAUGCAUGGGAAAGCAAUUACAGUUCUUGAAAUGGAUCAUCCUAUAGUUGAUUUUUUAACUCUUUGUGAAACCCCAUAUCCAAAUGAAUUUCAAGAGCCCUAUGCUGUAGUUGUGCUUUUGGAAAAAGAUCUCAUUGUCGUUGACCUGACACAAACAAAUUUUCCAAUCUUUGAAAAUCCAUAUCCUAUUGACAUUCAUGAGUCACCUGUUACCUGCACAGAAUAUUUUGCGGACUGUCCUCCAGAUUUGAUCCCUGUACUCUAUUCUGUAGGAGCAAAACAUAAAAAGCAAGGAUACAGCAAUAAGGAGUGGCCUAUCAGUGGUGGAGCAUGGAACCUUGGAGCUCAGACCUAUCCUGAAAUCAUUAUUACAGGCCAUGCAGAUGGAUCAGUAAAAUUUUGGGAUGCUUCUGCCAUUACUCUACAGAUGUUGUACAAACUAAAAACAUCAAAGGUCUUUGAAAAACAGAAAGUGGGAGAAGGAAAAGCAACAGCUGAGAUUGUGGAAGAAGAUCCUUUUGCUGUUCAGAUGAUGUACUGGUGUCCUGAAAGCCGAAUUUUCUGUGUGGCAGGAGUUUCUGCCUAUGUGAUUGUUUACAGGUUCAGCAAACAUGAAGUAAAUACUGAAAUUGCAUCAUUAGAGGUACGACUUCAGUCUGAAGUAGAAGACAUCAUCACUCCUGAACCAGAAACAAAUCCUCCAUUCCCAGAUGCCUCCUCCCAGCUUCCUUCUUUAAAGAGCCUUUCAGGCAGUACCAACACUGUAGCAUGUGAAGGAACAAUGAAGGACAGUAUCCCAUGUCUUAGUGUUAAGGCUCGACCUGUGCGGAUGCCUCCUGGCUACCAGGCAGAUCUGGUUAUCCAGUUGGUGUGGGUGGAUGGUGAGCCUCCACAACAGAUUACCAGUCUUGCUGUAAACUCUGCUUAUGGACUAGUGGCUUUUGGGAACUGCAAUGGUCUGGCAGUUGUGGAUUUCAUGCAGAAGACAGUCCUGCUGAGCAUGGGCACCCUCGACCUCUAUGGCUCCAGUGAUCCGUACCAGCGGCAGCCCCGCUCUCCCCGCAAGAGCAGGCAGUUUGCUGCAGACAACUUUUGCAUGCGUGGCCUGUCUAACUUUUAUCCAGAUUUAACGAAACGGAUCCGUACUUCCUAUCAGAGCCUGACUGAACUCAGUGACAGUCCAGUUUCCCUGGAGCUUGAGCGUUGCAAGUCUCCCACUUCAGUUAAAGGAUCAAGAAAGUUAAGUCUGCCAACAGAUCUUAAGACUGAUCUUGAUCACGUGAAUGGUCACUGUACCAGCCCAACCUCCCAGAGCUGCAGCUCAGGCAAACGCCUUUCCAGUGCAGAUGUGUCGCGAGCAAACCGCCGAGGGCCCGGCAGGCCCCCCUUCAGGAAAGCCCAGUCUGCAGCCUGCAUGGAGAUUUCUCUCCCAGUCACCACGGAAGAAAAUAGGGAAAACUCCUUCAGCCGUUCCCGAAGCUCCAGCGUGUCCAGCAUCGACAGGGACUCCAAGGAGGCAAUCACAGCUUUGUUCUUCAUGGAGUCCUUCGCUCGAAAGAACGACUCUGCUGUUUCCUCCUGCCUCUGGGUCGGGACAGGCCUCGGGAUGGUCAUAAUCCUGUCCCUCAAUCUGCCUGCCAGCGACGACUUGCGGCACUCAGAGCCAGUCGUGGUGUCUCCAAGUGGCACCGUGCUGACCCUGAAGGGAGCCGUGCUGACCUUCGCGUGCUUGGACUGCAUGGGGACACUGACACACCAGCCCUAUGAAGUAUGGAGGGACCCACACAGUGCUGAUGACGGUGACAAAACAAGGAAAAGGAAACUUGUCAUGCAUUCCCCUUCCUCCUCCCAGGAUAUGGGUGAUCAUCAAUUUGCAGUCAUUUGUUCAGAAAAACAAGCCAAAGUCUUCUCAUUGCCUUCCCAAACAUGUCUUUAUGUCCACAACAUCACCGAAACGUCCUUUUUAUUGCGAGCAGAUGUGGUCACCCUCUGUAACAGCGUCUGUCUGGCGUGCUUUUGUGCUAAUGGGCACAUCAUGACACUGAGCUUGCCCAGCCUCCGCCCUCUGCUGGACAUGAACUAUUUGCCUGUGACAGACAUGAGGAUAGCACGGACCUUCUGUUUCACUAACGAGGGGCAGGCUUUGUACCUGAGCUCUCCCACAGAGAUCCAGCGCCUGACCUACAGCCAGGAGAUGUGUGACAACCUGCAGGACAUGCUUGGGGAUUUGUUUACUCCUGUGGAAACACCAGAAGCCCAAAACAGAGGCUUCCUCAAAGGACUUUUUGGAGGAAGCGGACAAGCUUUUGACAGAGAGGAGCUUUUCGGCGAGGCCACAGCAGGAAAAGCCUCCCGCAGCCUGGCGCAGCACAUCCCCGGCUCGGGCGGCAUCGAGGGCGUGCGAGGAGCGGCGGGCGGGGUCAUUGGGGACCUGACCCGGGCGCGCAUCGCCCUGGACGAGAGGGGGCAGAAGCUGGGCGAGCUGGAUGAAAGGACUGCCAGCAUGAUGGCCAGCGCAGAGGCCUUUUCCAAACAUGCACACGAGGUGAUGCUCAAAUACAAGGACAAAAAGUGGUACCAGUUUUAGACUUUCAAAGAAGCUGCUUGUGGCUUUAUUAAGAACACUGUUCAGGGAAGCAGCCUUUAUUCCCAGACACUGGCCAGAGACAGUUUUUUCUCCUAGAAGAUGUUUUCCUGUUACUGCUAUUGGAUCAUCACAGUGGACGUCAAGGAGAAAUUUACAAACCGUGGGAUGGAAGCUGGAAUCAUGAGGGUCUUUCCAAAAGCUGACUCUUGGGGGGCCAAUUUUUUCCCAAAAGGAACUCAACCAUCACUGUGGCAUGUAGUUUUUCAGGAGCUGUAGGUAUGAACUGUGGGGAGUGCGUCUGGUUAAAAAUAUUCUGUACAAACUCGAAUGUUAAUGCACUUAUAAAACUUUGCAUGACUAAUUGCCAACUUAAAAAAAAAAAAAAGAGAAAAAGGAAGCAUGUUGUGACCGAAGAAAAAUGGGAUUUAUUUCUAUUCUGAGCAAAAAAAAAAAAAAAGAAAAAAAAAAAAGAAAAAACACCUAAAUGACAAAAAUCUUUAUUUUUUAAAAGUUACAUUAUGAAAAGCCAGGACAUUUCAAGCAUGUUUGCUACUGGUCUCCACAUAAAAAUGAGUUGAGCUGCGUUUUCUUAUCUGCUAUUUAUUACCCUUGAAAAGCCUUGCUUGAGGCAGUGCUCUUUAACUCCUACCAGAAAAAUAAAUAAAUUUAAAAUCCUAUCCCCAAAAUCUAACGAUUUUGCAGGUAGCUGGACAGGCACUAUCUAAAAUGUUCAUUAAGAAAUGUGCAUAGAUGGUUUAUUUGCAAUGCAGAGCACAUGAAACAUCAUCCUAAUCUAUAUUCUUUAAAAUGUGCUCUAGAUUCAUCUCUUGUCCUUGAAGGGGGCCCAUGGCACUUUUCAUCCCCGUGGAGUCUGUAUCACUUGGUUGCCUUAUUUCCCAGUAACAGGAAUAGAAAACCAGCUUUGGAAAGCAUUUCUUCAAGUUUGGAAAGGCAAGAUGGGAACCCAGAGUCCCAUCAAACACUGCUCAGAGGCUGCUUAGCAGCUUGCAGAGCAGCCUAAGAGCUCAGCUGAAAUUAUGAGAGGAGGCCUGCACAGAAACCACCCAAAACCUGUGACAGAAAGAGAGAUUAGAGCAGGAGCACUACACAGUGGGCCAGGGAGGAGCAUGGAAAACCAUUGCCAACAUCUAUAUGGAACACAGAUAUAGAGUGACACCAUGGGUGAGUGGCAAUUUGUACUCUGCUCACACUGCUAAAAGUAAUUUGCUUCUGCUCCAGAGUGGCUUGUUUGGUUUUUGCAGUGAAUGCUGCAGGAAACUCUGCAGCCAGAUGAGAACAGUAUGGAUUUAUUGCCUAUCCUGGUGGAGUGCUCCACCCUGUCCUACAAGACUCACUGCCACACUGGUCAACUCUUAGGUUAGAAAUGUUUCCAAGAUUGGCUUGGAAACAAGGCACUGAAGGCUUGUUCUCAUGUGUCUGGACAUAAUUGCAAAUUAGAAAAAAGAAAGUGAGGAAAAGCUGGAAAAACAGCCUUUAAAAUGUUUCUUUUGAAGAAAUGUAACAUCUUCUGUCUCUUCAAGGAAUCCUGAUGGACACUGAUGGAGACAGGCACCAUCCCACUCCCACCUAGACCUUAAUUUCACUGGUGUUUGUAUCAUCACAGUGUCCAGAUGAUCCCUCUCAAAGACAUCUUUUCCUUCUUCUUCCUUUGCCUACUAUAAAAUACAGCCCAGGAAGCUGUACCAUCCACAAGUCUGGCCUCACAACUGGCCCACUGCACAAGUUAAAGGGUUGGGAGAUAUUUGAGAUGUUAAGUUUUAAAUUCCCAUUGUAGCAGAACAGAAUUUCAUGAUUUACAGGAUUUUUACAUUUUGCUGUAGUCGAAACCAAAAUGAUGGCCCUGACAGGUCCAGCUCAACUGGGAAUGAGACUCCACAAGUUUCCCUGGCACAGGGGACUCUGCUCUAUGUUGUCAGAACUGUAGAAACUUGCAGGGAAAAAGGACAAAACCUGAGCAAUGCCUGGGCUUGUGCUGAGAGCUCAGGAAUUGGAGUUGUCCAUGACCCCGGAGGAUUUCUCUGUGUGUAAGGAAAAGCCAAAUUUGCCAAUCUGAUGCCAGUAGGAACUGGGCUGGGGAAUUCGUUCCAGGGGCUGGGUCACAGAAGUAACCACUUGUGCCUGUGAGGAAGCACUGCUCUGAGCAGGCAUUGAGAAUGAGAAAUAAAGGAGAACAUUGUGGCAAUUUGAUCUUCAGUCCAAACCUGCCUUCACUGGGGCUCUGCUCCGGCCUGGAAUCCAAACCCACUGUCUCUGGGCAACAAAAUCAUUUGGGACAGCAUUCAAAAUGUCCAGCAGCCAGCUUAUUUUCCAUUCUGCCCUGCUGUGUGGCAGUCAGAAGCAGCUCCAGAGGCUGAUUGGAAUCAUGGGAUCCUUGAAGAAAAUUUAAGAGCAACUUCUGACUGCUGAUCACUGCAGCUCACCCAGAGAGAAAAGUGUCCUCAACAAGUCUUUACACAAGGCCCAACUGUCUCUGGCUGCCAACAGUCUUUAACACCAGGGUGAAAAAAAAAACCUGCCAGUAGAUUUCCAUUUGCAUUUUUAUGCAACAGAGAAAUGAGAAUUUAGCAGCCCUCAAACUUAAAGUUUUUAAUGCUAAACUUUUAAGCAACUUUUCUUUAGUAUUCUCCAUCAGGUCACAGCUUUCCACUCUUACAUAUUUUACAUAUUUCCAGACAGUCACCAAUUACAAUUUCUGUUAAGUUCACCACUUGUGACUAUAAUUAUCAAUUUUCUUGUAGUCUGUAGAGAUCUAAAAAGUUGUAUAUGUUUGUAUAUAGAACAUUCUAUAUAUAUAAUAUAUAUAUGUAAUGUAUAUGUUGUAUAAGUUUGUUAGUGCACACUGUUAAAUGCUUUCUAUCAAGAUUUACCAUGUAUGUGGAAAAAACCCAUCACUUAAAAAGUUCAAUGAGGGAGGAAAACUUGCCUGGGUGAUUUAUUGUGAAAUGAGGGGGAGUGUGGGAUUUUUGCCAGGCUUGCCCUGCACGCUGCUCAAGGCUGUCAGUGACAGGCACAAGGGAGCUGCAGCAUUCCCAGCGAGGAGAACAGCAGCUGACUGCAGGACUGGCACUGGCUGCAGGAAAAUCAAGGACAUUGGCUGUCACUGGAUGUUGAAAUCUUUCUGUGCUUUCACCUUUCCCACUCAGACAGCAGCACCUCAAGCAAAAUCCCAAGCUUAGAUGUCUCUUCAGCCUCGCACUCCUCAGCUACGCCAGGCCAGACUGGCUGGAAGUAUUAGUUCAGUUUAAAAUGCUGUUUGUUCAUUUAGAUACUUUGUUCUCUCACGUUCUUCUCUCCAGGAGCUCUGUCACAAUCAGAUCCAAAACCAGUUACACAGAACUUCCAACAGCACACACACCUUUGGGUUUGACCAGAUGUUUGUAAUCUUAUGUCUAGUGCUGUAGAUAGAGAGAAAAAAUGCAUUAAAUUAGAUUAUUUAUAAGUCUGCAGAGUUGGCAAGUCUUCAAUGAAGUACAAGCUACUUUAUUUAUUAAUAAAAAAAUUAAAUCUAUUCCUAGAGCUUUAACUUCAGUUGCAAACCUUGAAUUAAAAGACAUGACAAUUGAAAUGUUGAGAAUCAGGUUUUGUUUUCUGUAAUUACCUGGGGGGAGGGGGUUUAAGUUUUUUUACAGUUCUACAGUUCAACUGUCUGCAUCAAUUAGUCAUUCCCCACAGCACCAGGAUUGUUACAAAAAUGUGUAACGAAAAUACUCUAUUUACUACAUGUAUUGUAUAAAAUUAUCACAUAAAUCCGUCUCUAAAACAGUUUCUACUCCUUUUCCAGAAUGCCUUUCACACCACAGUGCGUGCAUAAUGCAGGUGGGCAUAGAAAGCUGUUUCUUUUUCAAUAGAAAUCACUUCAGAGCUGCAUCCAGCCUCAGCCCUCCUUCAUACACAAACUGUGUGUGCUGCAGCACAGGCAAUGCCACAGCUUUUGGUUAAUUAUGCCCCUCAAAAAGCUCCAUGCACCUUUUCCCAUAGCCCAAAGGUGAGUCCAAGCACAGCAUAUUUCAGUCUUGGAUGUUUCUCUGCCUUGGCAGGCUCUGGUAGGAGCAGACUCUCUCUCUCUCAUGCAGGAACUGCUGCGGACAUUCGUAGCCAACUCUUCCUCUUAGGUGUAUAAGCAAUAGUCACGUAAAUGAGUGUUUCCAUUCAUGUGUUUUGUUUUGUGAUUAAAUCAACAAAUCAAACAUUGUACUUUUUUAAAUAGCAGCAAAUAUUCAGAUUCAGUGUCAAGGAAAUGUGGGCUGAGUAUGUGUGUGGUUUGUUGACGAGUCAUUACCUGUCUCAGAACGAAGGCUGAUCUGGAGUAAGCCACACACUCCUGUGCUAACCAUGUCCUGUUUCCACAGGUAUCCUAAAUCAGUAUCACAAAGCUAAGGCAUCUGAAAGUGAGGCUGUCUCAAGCCCCCAUUAACAACCAAAAAAUAAAUUUAAAAAAAAAACAAACAGGGGGAAAGAAAAUAAAGGAAAGAAUUGAUACUA